GAUUUUACCCUCAAACCCUGAGAAAGGUUAUUGCAAUAAAUAGUUAUUGCUUAUCUUUUCCAGUUUUAUGGUUGAUUUGCAUUUUAACCCUCAGAAAGGCCUGGUUGUUUGUACCUUGGAAAAGGAAAAGUAACCCAGAAAGUUCAGCUUUUUCAGUUUAUUACUAGUUUUUUAUUUUCUGACUUUUAAAGAACUCUGCAUACCAUCAUCUCACUGAUUUGAGAGAAAGCCCACCACUUGGGACUUUAACUUUUCCACACUUUUCUAAGCAACCAAGCAGCCAUCUGGUUCGAAAAAGAUGGAAGGAAAUGCUUUGGUGGAUUGAGUGGGUUGGUGGGUUUCGUUCUAAUUUGUUGUAAAAUCAGUUUGUUUCUUAGGAAAUGGCUAAUGGGAGUCAUAACCAUGAAGGAAUACCAGAAAAUCUAAGAAAACAACUUGCUGUUGCUGUAAGGAGUAUCCAGUGGAGCUAUGCAAUUUUCUGGUCAUUGUCAAAAACACGACAAGGGGUACUGGAAUGGUAUGAUGGGUACUACAAUGGGGACAUCAAAACAAGGAAGACAGUCCAAGCCAUGGAACUUAAAGCCGAUAAGAUAGGCUUACAGAGAAGUGUACAAUUAAGAGAGCUUUACAAGUCCCUCUUGGAAGAUCAAACUGACCAACAAGCAAAAAGGCAUUCUGCUGCAUUGUCUCCAGACGAUCUCUCUGAUGCUGAAUGGUAUUACUUGGUGUGCAUGUCCUUCGUAUUCGAGCCCGGUCAGGGUCUACCAGGAAGAGCUUUAGCAAAUGGGCAAACCAUCUGGUUGAGCAAUGCUCAAUAUGCAGAUAGCAAAGUGUUCUCCCGAUCUUUGCUAGCUAAGAGUGCUUCAAUUCAGACUGUGGUCUGCUUUCCUCACCUGGGAGGUGUAAUUGAGAUAGGUGUUACCGACCUGGUAUCGGAGGACCUGAAUCUCCUUCAGCGCAUCAAGGCUUCCUUACUAGAUUUCUCAAAGCCUGUUUGUUCUGACAUAUCUUCUCCUGCUCCUCAUAGAGCAGAUGAUGAUUCAGACCCAAUCUGUGCUAAGGUUGACCAAGAGAUACCCGAUACUUUGGCUUUGAAGAAUCUUUGUUCUCCUUCAGAAGAUGUCAAAUUUGAUCAACAUGGACACCCUGAAGAGUUCAGCAUCGAUUCUCCCGAUGAAUGCUCGAAUGGUUGUGAGCACAAUCACCAGACAGAGGAUUCCUAUAUGCUGGAAGGUACAAAUGGCGGUGGGGCUUCUCAAGUCCAGAGUUGGCAUUUUAUGGAUGAUGACUUUUACACUGGUGUUCAAGAUUCUAUGAAUUCAAGUGACUGCAUAUCUGAGGCUUUUGUUAACCAAGAUAAGGCUUUCUCUUCUCCCAAGCAUGAAAAUCUAGAGCAGAUGCAUUUGAAAGAACUUCAAAACUCCAAUCAUACAAAACUGAACUCCUUGGAUCUUGGAACUGAUGAAGACUUGCACUACAAAAGAACUCUUGCUACUAUUCUUGGAGGUCCAUCUCAAUUAAUUGAAAAUCCAUGUUUUCGAAGUUGUGAUUUCGGGUUCAGUUUUACAAAAUGGAAAAGAGGAGGACAGGUUAAUAAUUAUAGGCCAAGGAUACAGCAGAGCAUGUUAAAGAAAAUUUUGUUUUCAGUUCCAUUCAUGUAUGGUCGUUGCUCCCUUAAGGAACAAAAACAAGGUGUUGGAAAGGCUUGGCCUUCAAAAGUGCAAAAUGAUUGCAAUGGACAUGUUAAGUAUGAUAAAUUAAAAGAGAAUGAAAGGUUUCUGCUCCUGAGGACAAUGGUUCCUUCUAUUACUGAGAUUGAUAAAGCAUCAAUCCUCAAUGACACAAUUAAAUACUUGAAAGAGCUCGAGGCAAGAGUAGAAGAGUUAGAAUCUUACAUGGGAUCUGUGAAUUACGAAUCAAGAGCUAGAAAAAAAUACUUGGAUAUAGUAGAACAGACAUCAGAUAACUACAAAAAUGGAAAAACCACUUGGAUAACCAAAAGGAAAGCCUGUGACAUUGAUGAAACUGAUCCAGAUCUCAGUAGAGUUAUUCACAAGGAAGGCCCGCCAUUAGAUAUAAAAGUCAGUUUAAAAGAUCAGGAGGUUCUGAUUGAGAUGAGAUGCCCUUAUCGAGAAUAUAUUUUGCUUGAUAUCAUGGACGCCAUAAACAAUCUGCAUUUAGAUGCCCACUCAGUUCGAUCUAAUAAUCAUGAUGGUGUUCUGACAUUGACCCUCAAAUCCAAGUUUCGAGGGGCAGCACUUGCACCGGUGGCGAUGAUCAAACAAGAACUUUGGAAAAUCGCUGGUAAGUUUUGAGAAGCUAGCAAAGACAGAAUUAAGCAACAUGUUGCACUAUUUUCUUAAGCUAAGUGUAGAUUUUAGCUUCUUGGUUCUUGUGAAUUGAGUAGUAACCAAAGAGCUCUGCUCAACUAAUAAAAUGCAAUGGCAGAUAAGAUUUCAGUAGUGUACUUUGUCAAUUGUGAUGUAAAAACCAAAUCCUUCAAUGUAAUGCAUCUACUAUAUAUAUAUUAGGUAACAUUAUGAAUGUCAUGGUGAUUUCAAUAAAGUAUUAUCACUUUCUUGAUGUAAA